AUGUUACCAUUGGGCAUCCUAACAGCCGCGCAAGGCCACCCGAUGCUCGUCGAGCUCAAAAAUGGCGAGACUUUGAACGGCCACCUCGCCAACUGCGACAACUGGAUGAACCUGGUGCUGAAGGAGGUUGUGCAAACAAGCCCCGAAGGUGACCGCUUCUUCAAGUUACCAGAGGUCUACGUGAGGGGAAACAAUAUCAAAUACCUACGGAUCCCCGAAGAAAUCAUUGAUAUCGUCAAGGAGCAACAACAGGCCCGCGACUCUGGUCGCGGUCGGGGUGGCUACAGAGGUGAUGGACGUGACCGGGGCCGUGGGGGCCGUGGACGCGGUCGGGGCAGAGGGCGAGGUGGAAGCUAA